UUAUCAAACGGUUAACAAUUACAAUUUAACUGUUUUAACAAACAAGUCUAAAUCACAAUCAAACAAAAUCAAAAUGUUCAAAUUUGCCGUUGUCAUCUUCGCUGUCAUUGCCUGUGCUGCUGCCAAACCCGGUUUUGUAGCUCCUUUGGCUUACACUGCUCCUGCCGCCGUUGUAGCUGCCCCCGCUGGUGUUGUUACUGCCACCAGUAGCCAAUAUAUUGCCCGUAACCACAAUGGUAUUGUCUCCACCCCUGUUGUUGCUCCAGUAGCUACUCCUGUUGUUGCCAAGACUGUUGCCUACUCUGCCCCUGUUGCUGCUGCUUAUACCGCUCCCGUUGUAGCCAAAUACGCUGCUGCCUACUCUACUCCUUUGGCUUACUCCGCCCCUGUUGUUGCCAAAUAUGCCGCCGCUUACUCUCAUCCUUUGGCCUAUUCAGCUCCUUUGACUUAUGCCGCUGCCCCAGCUCCAGUUUUGUUCUAAAAACUGUCUAGUCUGGUUGCUUAAUUGAUGAUAAUUAAUUAAUUGUGAUUUAAUGAAAAUGUUAAUAAAUUGUUAGUAUAAUUUUAGUAUU